ACUGAGAACCUCUGCCCGAGAAGUGCAGCCCCUCUCCUCCAACCUAGAAGCCCCCGCCCCAGAAUGGACACAAGGACGAGAGACCAUUGGGGUACUGGGUCUGGAGAAGCGACGAAGUCAGCACGCAAUGCAGCACAGUGGGGGUUCAUUCAUGACAUGCCGACAGCAGCUGGGCCUUCUGUCUUCAGUCAGGAGCCAAAAUUCAUGCCAGGAAGACUGUUCUUUCCCGUUAUGGGGACAGCUAGGGGGACAGAGGUCCUGAGGGAACUAGAACCACACCACGAGCUGAAGUCCUCAGAAGGAGGCCGUGAGGGACAGAGUCGACACGGAGCUGACCAGGACUACGUUCCUCUUAAUAGCGGACAGAAGUUUAAAGUACCAACUGCGGAAUUUACGGAAGAGUACAAAGGGGAAAUAGUCUGGAAGCCCCCAGCCGUUUAGGGCCUCCACCUUUGUCACCUAGUAUUUUCCCUUAAUUUUUAGCAGCUGCGUGAUCUGACGUGUCCAGUUUAAUCCCCCGUUUUCCAAUAUUAAAUUUAACACCAGGGUGAACAUCCUGAGUGGGAUUUAGUAGAGAUACACAGGUGGGGUGAUCCUUCUGUGGUGUCGUGCUGUGAAGGGGGGUCUGAGUUGAGAGUAGAAGGGUCCUCAGAAAACCCUCUUACUCGGAAACACCUUUUCCACAUGUUCUCUCCCUUUGGGGAUGCGUUUCUAACAGCAGGUUCCUAGAACACUGACAGAUGUCGGAGCAGUACAGACAUUCCCAACUGCUGGGGUGCAUUUCUACCAGGGGAAUGGCCUGUCCUGCUAACUAAUGGGCAGAGAACAAAGGGGCUCCUAAUUCAAGACAGACCCGAGGCCGGUAAGGAAGUGCUUCAGCUGAAGGGAUUCACAGAUGUGAUCCUAAUCCCCGAGGAUUCUUGGAAAACGGGACAGGUGCCAAAGGGCAGCAGAGAAAUGGCCAGGCCUUCACCAGGAAAAGGUGAACCCGAAGAGUUACGAGUGAACUGGCCCCCAAGCCCAUCAGCCACUGCAGCAGCCUAUUCAGCGCAUGGCGUUGAAGCGUUAGGGAGAGAACGCGUGGCUUUCUAGGGCCCACUGACCGGUGUGGCCCUCGCUGCUGCUUUGUUGAGGCCCUGGUCACGGUGAUGGUAGGGGUGUUGGCCAGCAGGCUCCCUAAGUCUGCUGUGGGUGUAGAGCCGUUCACCCCUGUAUAGGCUGGCAGGACGGAGUGGAAGCAGAGUCGGACCCGGGUCUGUCUCUUUCCUUAGGAGUCCCACUCCAGCACUCCCCGGGCAUCUAAUUCCUCAAUGAGAAGCAGGAUGGCACAGGGAGAAGAGAAACCUGGGACCCUCUACCACCAGAACGUCCGCUGCCCACACCCUUGUCUGAGCCGCAGGGCUCGCUGCCCCAUCUGUAAAAUGGGAACUCGGGGGCUUACAUGAGAGGCUGCUCAGCUGACACAGGGCUAGAGAAUUAUCAGCAUGGCGAUGGUUAUCCAAAGGCCUGGAGGCAACACAACUUCAGUUAACAGCCAACCUCCCUCAACUCUGCCCUGUGUGGACUCCAUGGGGGGCGUGUGCAGCUCAGUGGCCUCUGUUUAGCCCUGGUGCUGGGCCAAAUAUGGUAGCUGGACAGCAGCUCCUCCUCUCUUCCUGUUUUCUCCCUGCUCCUCCCCCUGCUGGAGGGGACAAAAAAGCUGAUUGCAAGCAAAUUCCCGGCCGAGUAGUGGGCAGAAAUGGCUGCAAGUGGCCGAGGUCUCAGAAGGGCCAUGCGUGCCUCUCCCUGCCCUGCUUGGAGACGAGCUCACUGGGAAGCCAAGGGACGCCUGCAGCCUGAGUACGACGCGGUGGUGAUAGGAGCAGGUCACAACGGGCUGGUGGCUGCCGCCUACCUGCAGAGACUGGGGGUGAACACAGCCGUCUUUGAGAGACGCCAUGUCAUCGGGGGUGCUGCUGUCACCGAGGAGAUCAUCCCAGGGUUUAAGUUCUCCCGCGCGUCCUACCUGCUCAGCCUGCUGAGACCGCAGAUUUACACCGAGCUGGAGCUGAAGGAACACGGGCUGAGGCUCCAUCUUCGAAACCCCUACUCGUUCACCCCCAUGCUGGAAGAAGGCACAGGGAGUAAGGUGCCCAGGUCCCUUCUUUUGGGCACAAACAUGGUAGAAAACCAGAAGCAGAUCGCCCAGUUCUCGCAGAAGGAUGCCCAGGCCUUUCCCAAAUAUGAGGUCUUCAUGAAUCGCUUGGCAUUGGCCGUCGACCCUCUGCUGGACGCAGCCCCCGUGGAUGUGGAGGCCUUCUGGCGGGGCUCCCUGCUACAAAGGCUCAAGUCACUCUCCACCCUCACACCCCUGCUGCAAGCAGGCCGCAUCCUAGGAGUCCGGCUGCCCCAGUAUUACCAGGUCCUCACAGCUCCAAUUACCAAGGUGCUGAAUCAGUGGUUUGAGUCCGAGCCUCUAAAAGCCACUCUAGCAACAGAUGCUGUGAUUGGAGCCAUGAUAAGUCCCCACACUCCGGGGAGUGGGUAUGUGCUGCUACAUCACGUGAUGGGGGGCCUGGAGGGGAUCCAGGGGGCCUGGGGCUACGUCGAGGGAGGCAUGGGUGCCCUGUCUGUUGCCAUCGCAAGCUCGGCCACUGCGCACGGUGCAAGUAUCUUCACUGAAAAGACGGUGGCUAAGGUGCAGGUGAGCAGUGGAGGACGUGUCCAAGGAGUCGUGCUGCAAGAUGGCUCAGAGGUGAGGAGCAAGGUAGUGCUGUCCAAUGCAUCGCCACAGAUCACCUUCCUGAAGCUCACCCCACAGGAGUGGCUUCCCAAGGAGUUCGUGGAGAGAAUCUCUCAGCUGGACACGCAGUCACCCGUGACUAAGAUCAAUGUGGCUGUUGACAGGCUGCCCGACUUCCUGGCGGCCCCCAAUGUGGCCAGGGGCCAGCCGCUGCCCCAUCACCAGUGCUCCAUCCACCUGAACUGUGAAGACACCACCCUCCUCCAUCAGGCUUUUAAAGAUGCCAUGGAUGGCUGGCCUUCCCACAGGCCUAUGAUUGAGCUCUGCAUCCCUUCCUCGCUGGACCCCACCCUGGCUCCCCCUGGCUGCCAUGUCAUCUCCAUCUUCACUCAGUACACUCCCUACACACUGGCUGGUGGCAAGGUCUGGGACGAGCAGGCGAGAAACACCUAUGCAGACAAAGUGUUUGACUGCAUCGAGGGCUACGCCCCUGGCUUCAAGAGCUCCGUGCUGGGCAGGGACAUCCUCGUCCCACCUGAUUUAGAGAGAAUCUUUGGGCUUCCUGGAGGGAACAUAUUCCACUGCGCCAUGGGCCUGGACCAGCUCUACUUCUCGCGCCCCGUGCCCCUGCACUCCGGCUACCGCUGCCCUCUCCAGGGCCUGUAUCUCUGCGGAAGUGGUGCCCAUCCUGGAGGAGGUGUCAUGGGAGCCGCUGGACGCAAUGCAGCCCACGUGGUCUUUGGGGACCUCAAGAGCAUGUGACCCUGAACCAAUUCUGACCCAAGACGAAGAAUCCACCCUUGAGCUUUUACGUCCCCAUUAGGUCAACUGCCCAGGUUAUGGCUUGAGGCAGACCAGCCCUCAAGGCUCAGGUGACUAUUUUAGAAAACACGUACAAGUUACAUUUGGUACUGGUUAACCUUGUACCCAGGAGUUCAUGAAUGAGCAGGUUUUAUUUUGUUAAAAAUACUGUUUCGUAGCUAGUUUCUAUUCUUUAUGUUAGUAGAAUAGGUUAUAUGCAGUAAUUUGUAAUGACACACUGUGUGAUAAUAGGUGAGAUAUACUUGUCUGGGAUACUCAGGAUUCUCACAACAUCAGCUCCAAACAGUCCUUUGGACCCACAAGCAUCCCCGACGCACUGCUGGGCCCCCACCACCAGCGGGUUGCAGGACUGCCCUGGUGAGGGCCAAUCUGCUGCUGUCACAUUCCAGGCAAACUAUAGGAAAGGACCCAAUUCCCCAGGGACCCACCACGUCAUCCCCAGGGGCCACGGGCCUGAACAAUGCUUGGAAUCUCAAACUCUCAAAACCGCCAGUCAGGCAAACAGCAGUCAAGGGCGAAUGCAAGGGGGGUGCAGCUGAGGGCCACCUGGGAGCCCACAUUCCUGACUCUCCAACAUUCACCUUCUUUCUUUCCAUAAGCGAGACAUACCCGUCUGUCGCAUCACUAAAAUCUCUCCACAUAAACCCAUGUUAUUCUAAAGUGAGUAGGUUGUCGCUCUUGGUCAGGAAGAUUCAUACACAUGGCCAUGCCGCCCUCCCAGCCAGCUUCUCCAAUCCCAACAGCUCAGGCCACACCGGCCAGAGAGUCCCAUCAGCAGAGGAGGCGCAAGGUUCCCUGAGGCAUCUCCUCCCUCCUUUCCUCGGGGAAAUUUAUAUAGAUUAAGCUUUAGAUUAAGAUUAUAUAGAUCUGCUAAGUGAAAUAAGUCAGACAGAAAAAGCAGAGAACCAUAUGAUUUCACUGAUAUGUGGCAUAUAAACCAAAAACAACAAAGGAACAAGACAAACAAAUGAGAAACAAAAAC